AUUAAUAAUUCUACUAAAAUUUUACUUACUAUAAUAUUUAUGUAAUUUAAAUUUUGAAUAAUGUUACCCAAGAUAUUUUAUUUUAUUUUUUAUACCUUUUGUAUACUAACUACAAAAUGUUUUGUGAGUUGUAAAAUAAGAUCAAAAACAUAUGAAAAAUAUUUGUCAGUAGUAAUGGAUCAUUUAAGUGAACAAGUUGGAUGGGAUUCUAUGCAGCAUUUGGAAAUUAAAUACGACUUUUCUACAGAGAUAAAUACUAAUAUUAAGGACGUUAUUUGCAAAGGGAGUCGUAUAGUACUACCAAAAAAGUUCGAAGCUAUAAUUCAUAUUUUAAAUUACACGUAUACAGAUGUCAUUCACACAUUUAUUGAUCAUAUUAGCGCUAUAGCUAAACGAUGUCAAGAAUAUUAUGACUUCAACCAGGGAGAUAAUUUUUUAAGUUGUAUAGUUUUACUUCAAAGUGCUGUGGAAAAUUCGAAAACUAUGUUUGAACAGUUAUACAAUGUAAUGAACUAUCUUAGCAACAUAGAUUUUAAAACAUUAGCGAGUGCAAAAAAAACUUUCUCUGUACCUAUAGUAGAAGAAAUUUAUACUUUUGUAGAAUAUGCAACAUUAAAAAUUCAACAAAAUACUCAGAUUUUUAUCGAUCUAAACGAUCCUAAGACCAAAGAAGAUGCUUAUGAGGUUAUUUUAGAUGUGAACAGUUUUAUCAAAGGAAUAGGUAACGAAAGCUAUCAGAAAAUUAAAGAGAAAAAUAGUUUAAUUGUUUACAAUCGUAAACCAAAGUGCUUACUUGAAGAAAAUCUAAAAGACUAUAAUACGCGACAAAAUAAAAACAUAGAGUUGAGCUAUUAUUUAAGUGAAUGGCUUAACAUGUAUUAUGAUGAAGUUUCUACAAAUUUCUACAAAAAUCUGGGUUUUGAUGAAAUUUUAGAAUUAAAUGAUGCAAGUAAUUUCAAACCUACACUUUAUUCAUAUAAAAAUAUUUGUCAUAAACAAGUAAUCGAACAAUUAAACACAAUUACUAAAGGAAGUGGAUGGAAGUCGUUGAAACAUAUUAAUAUUAUAUUUAAUGGUCAAGUUAUAAGCGUAGACCGUAUUUUUAGACACCCAACAGACAGAAUAAAUUUUCAUUGUAAAAUUCAACAUGUAUUAAGGUUGAUCAAGUGUAUUUAUACAGAAAUAUUGUUUAAGUAUUGCAAGUAUGUAAUUUGCUUAUUAAAUUUUUGUGAAACGGAUUAUGUAAAAUGUAUUGAUGAAGUAUAUAUUAAUCUUGCGAGACAAAUUUUUGAUGCAGUUAAUGAGACAACUAAAAUGUUUGAUAUAAUAUAUAAAACAUUGCUUUCAUUACAUAAUUUAAGAGGAGAAUAUGAUCAUGACAAUGUCAAUUCUAAUUUAAUAUCUUUGUGUACUUUAAUAACAAACUUACUUAAAGAAAUAAAAUCUGGAUAUUGUUCAAUGACUGUUUUGGGUACCAAAAAUGAUAACAGUAACCUGAAAGAAAUGCAAUUUCAAGCAUCAACGUGCGUUAAACAAUUCUCAGAAUUUCUAAAAUAUUACAAAUCGAAAAGUCAACCACUAAAUAAAACGCAUGAAAAACAUUGUCGAUUACGAAAUUUAUCGUUAAACAUUGACAUACCCGAGUCAAUAAAUACCGAUAAUUUUUCAUCUGCUUGUAACAAACUUAUUCUAUUUUCUAAAAAUGUUAUAAAAGUUUAUUAUGAAGAAUUAGGUUUAAAUAAAUUAAAUUAAUUUAUUCAUUCAUUUUUUUUUACGUCUCAACCAUAUGCAAAAGCACAUAAGGUUUUAUAAUUAUUUGUUUGUUUAAUCCACAAACCGCUUUUAAAGAAAGUCUUUAAAGACAGACUCAUGUCGUUAGCUUACAUAAAAUUGUAUUAUUCACUCUAUAAAAAUAAUAAAGAAUACUAUAUAAAUUACAAAUAAAACUCUAUGUGAU